AAAAAAAAAGUGACCACAAAAACAAUAGCUUGCACAAGUUUAAAGAUUAGAUCUGAUGCGGUUGUUUGGGUUUAUUAUAGAUGAGUAAAUGAACAUAUGCUUUCUCAUGUCAGAAACAUAUUUAAGAAUACUUCACCUGAGGCUCUCAAAGUAUUUUUGCAAUCAGUCCGAUCUGUCUUUACAGUAGCUACUCCCUCUCUCCGUCUCUCUCUCUCUCUUUCACCAACACACCUCCCACCUGCUCUGUCUCUCCCCCUCGCUCGCUUUCCUCGCACUUUUCCCUCAGCUACCCAAGAUGGCGGCAGCCUCAUCCAUUCAGCCGCCGAGCGUUCACUCUUCUCUCGCCCGGGAUAGCGCACUUUCCCCGGAGAUGGACAGCCCCGAGAGCCGACAGCCGGAGGAUGAGGAGACGGCGGCAGCGCAGCCCUCCGAGUCCGGGAUUUGCCUCCGCGACCUGCCGGACCUGGAGCCGGACGAGAUCGAGAGGAGGCUCGCCAAAACUCGCCAGGAGCUGAGCAACAGGAGGAAAAUCCUCAUUAAGAACCUGCCGUCGGACACCACCAACCAGGAAGUUCAUGAAAUUCUGAAAGAAUAUGAACUCAAGUACUGCUUCGUGGACCGCAACAAAGGCACAGCCUUUGUGACUUUGCUGAACGGGGACCAGGCUCAGGAUGCCAUCCGCUCCCUCCACCACAGCACUGUCCGCGGACGCUUGAUCAACGUCACCCUGCAGCCCACCGACUCCCUGCUCUGCCUCACCAACCUGCCGCACACCUUCACCGCCCAGCAGUUUGAGGAGCUGGUGCGCUCGUACGGAAACAUCGAGCGCUCCUUCCUGGUGUACAGCGAGCUGACGGGACACUCCAAGGGAUACGGGUUUGUUGAAUACAUGAAGAAAGACUCCGCUUCGCGGGCCCGCUCGGAGCUGCUGGGUCGACCAAUGGGGGAUCGCUCGCUGAUGGUGCAGUGGAUGGACGUCAACCAGCUGAGCCAGGAGGAGAACCUGCACUCCAAGUGUCUGUGCGUGGACCGACUCCCGCUGGACCUCUGCGACUCCGAAGAACUGACGCAGCUCUUCUCUGAAACGUACAAACCUGUCUUCUGCCAGCUCGCUCAGGAUGAGGGCAGCCCGGUGCGAGGCUUCGGCGUGGUGGAAUACGAGAGCGCCGAGCAAGCGGAGGCCGUGCUGAUAGAGAUGGACCGAACACUGGUGGGUGGACAGGAGGUCCGUCUGUCACUCUGUACCCCCGGCACCUCAGGGAGAAGCACCUUGGCUGCGCUCAUUGCUGCCCAGGGUAUGAUUCUGAGCAAUAGGAAAGGUUUGCUACCAGAACCAAACCUGGCCCAGCUGCUGACCAGUAUGACCAACCCGGCCGCCCUGCAGAUCCUCAUGAGACCGUACCACACUGGGAAGAGAGGAGGAAAGUACGGGCGUCACGCCAGCCUCCCGUUCCUCAGACCUCCCCUCACAACAGCUCUCCUCACGUUGGGAAAAGCACACCAGAGUGCUAUGCUCGGUAAUGGCCUAGUCCUCCAGAACCUUUUGCACAUGCAGCUCGCGCAGCAGCAGCUUCUACACAUCAAAGACAAACGCAUCAGCAGCGUCUCCAGUCUGCUCGGGGACCCGUCCAGGCUGCUGAUGCAGAAAGCGCUGUCUCUGCGGCCCCCGGGGCUUGUGCCACUGGGGAAAGGCCUCCUGGGAGACUCCCCUACAGAGCUGGGACAGGAGUCGGUGCCGGCGUCCACCCACAACGCCGCAGUGGUGGCCACAGCAGCAGGUGUGAUGCCGUACCUCCACGGUCGAGCAGCAGGAGCAGGAGGAGGAGACCAAAACAGCGCCCACUCAGCGUCCGCAGCCCCUGCUGCUUCCUCCGCCUCUUGCCCCUCCUCUUCCUCCUCCUCCUCCACCUCCUACGACAGGCAGCCGGCGCCCCCUGGGACGAUGGUGAGCUCGCAGCUGCAGGGACAGACCUAUGCCUUGGGUAUAAGUAACUCAGGCCUUGGCCCGCCUCCACCGAAACCCCCUGGAGGAGUUUAUGCUUCAGCAGGCCAGCACAACAGCUCAGAUGGCUGCCCCUUGGCUAGCAUGGUAAACAGCGGGCAGAGUUCUUUGUUGGGCGAUCCUCCUAAAGAAGUCCGCCUGCCCUCUAAUCCCUACCUAAACCUCGCCAGCGUAAUGCCAGGGGUAGUUCUGCAAGGGUCAGUGGGAAGCAAAGCCCAGGCAGGACCGCCCGGCUCUGGGGUGUACGGCGGCUCAGUUGCUCCCGUGGCCUCCCAGAGCGCCGGCUCCUUCUCCCACAGUGCGGCCGCUACAACCACUGCCCCAUACAGCACUGAUACCCCCGCUGACUACAGCCAAUACAACCAGGCCUACUCACAGGAGGCCAUGCAGCAGUGGUAUCAGCACUACCAAGCAGCACAAGUCCAGAGCUACAGCACAGCUGCUCCACAGGACGCCACGGCUGUAGACUACAGCAAGGAGCACACACAGGCUCCAGCAGCUAAUACCUACGGGUAUUACAGCUCCUACAUGCAGGCCGUCAGUCAGUACUACUCUCAACCUGCAACAGCCAACCAGGCUUAUGCCAGCAAGGAGGUGGAUGUGUGUAAGCCUCUAGGUGUGUCUCUGCACGCGGUCAGCAACAGCGCGGCUCCUGCCCCGGCCGUCCUGCCAGCUGCUGCCGUGCUCCCAGCCUACAGCACCCUGCCUUUAAUGCCCGGCUUCCUCGGGGCGCCACACCCGGCGGCAGCAGCGGCGGCGGCGGCGGCGGCCACACCGUGUCCAGUCACACAUGCACACACGGCCUCCCCCGAAUGGAACACCUACUACUACAACCAGACGAGGGGUCACAAGAGGGAGUAUCCUCAGCUGGCCGUGCAGGAAGUGCCAUCAUCGGACGGUGCCUACAUCGGGCAGCACUCCCAGGGCCUGGGGGGGCAGUACGCCGACUACUUCAAGAGGAAGCGUCUCUAAUACGAACCAAACCACCUUAAAGCCUAAAGCUUAGGGGGGAGGGGAGGCACAAACUGCUGGAUGUGCUCUGGAUGUUACAGCUCCCUCUAGUGGCCUUUCUGUGGCUGCCAUGUUGCAUCCCUACAAGUAGGUACCGCGUUUAGUAGAAUCAGGGCUGCAAGUGGCUCAAGUGAAAGCAAGCCAUAGUGCUCUUUGAUCUUGGCACGUAAUACACACACACACACACACACACACACACACACACACACACACACUUAUAUUCACAGUGUUGCUUUUGUCCUGUUCAAGCCUUAACUCUUUAACUUAAACUGUUGUUUCUUAGUCAGCGUGUUAACUGUACUUAACUAAUAUAAUCUUGUAAAUUUUUUUCUAAAAUGAUGUAAACUAAAGUAUAUUCUAUCUGUAAGCUGCUUUUGUAUCUGCAAGCAGGCACCGCGUCAGCCUGCAGAAACUGUCUUAGGACCGGUCUUACAGUCAGGUCUCUCCCUUUUUCUUUUUUCUUUUUUUUUUUUCUGAAGACUAGACGUGUCUGUCUGUUGCACACUCAACACUUUGAUUCGUCAGUCAGACUGACACCUGUUUGCUCCCGCUGAACUGUCGUCACCCUUUUUCCUUUUUGUUGCCCCCGGUUCCUCUUUUAAAAACAUCCCCGCCGGGAGUUAGUUCAUUCCUGUUUCUGUUUCCGUUUCUGUACCUGCGUGUGUCGUUAUGCUGUAUCUGUAGGAAGUGUCAGCCAUUUCAGUCCCUUUUGGGAGUACAUCAGGAAAAACAAAAUAAAUAAAAGGGCCUGAACUAAUCAAAACCCUUAAUUGUGAUAUGACCUACAAUAGCUUCCCUUAAUAAAUGGACCUUUCUUAUAAAGAUGGGACGGAAUUAAAUAAAAAAAAAAAGCUGGUGUAAAUACUGCAGUGUAGUUCAGAAUAUAUGAAGCCAUGCGUAUCAGACAAUAUCAUACCUGACUGACAUUUGUAAGCUCCUUUGUGGGUGUAUUGUACAACACAAAUGUAUUAAAUGUUUUUUUUUUCAAUCUAUACUGUUAUAUAUUUGUAAUAUAAUAAUAUUCCAAGGCAAUUUAUUAAUAUUGAAUCGAAAUGUAUUGACUUAAAUGUAGUUAUUUGGUUUGGUUUUCUAACAUUUAAGCCAAAUAUUUGAGCUCUUCUCUCUUCUUCUCUUCAGUAUUUCUCAAAGUUUUGUUGGAUCUGUAAUAGGAGCUUUACUCCCAUACCCAGCUGCCAUUUCACACAGGGUUCUCGACGUCAUGCUAAGUCAGAGAGAGGGUUUUGAUUUGUGUGUUUGCACCGCAAAAGUCACAAAAUAAAGUCACUCGGUAACCAAAAAA